AUGAUGAGUGAUUCUGAUGAUACAGAUGUUUUACUCUUAAUUCCACCUGACUUGUUCCUUGUACAAUCAUCUUCAGACUCUGAUGUUAGUUCUGAUCGAAUAAAUGCAGAUUACAGUAGUAAAAGAACUGGAGUAAUAUCAGAAAUCGUGGAGCAUAUGCAAUCAUUAGAAAAUAGAAUUUCUGCUAUUGAGUUCAAGGAUACUAGUUUUGAUGCUACAUUUCUAAAUAAUUCAUUGGAGUCACAAAUUCAAAAUAACCAACCUACCAAGUUUAGGCAGACAUUACCUAAAACUAGGUUCUCUAUAAGUCAGAGCUCUAGCUUACAAAAUACACCUAUAAAACCUAGUCAAUCCUUAUCUGUUCCAUCAACCCCUAAUAGUCAUUCGUUGUUAAACCAUAUUAAUUGCCAUCAGAAUGACAUGAAAUUGGGGCAUGAUUUUCCUGCAACUGUGGGUACUAAUGCAACUAAUGCUAAUGAACAUAAGAAUAAGCAUGAUCAUCUAAUGUCCCAAUCCUCUGUUGUGGUACCUUCUACUGCUUGCAAUGUGGGUUUCCCGCAUGUUACUGUUACUUCUUGUGAAGGGGAAUUUUACUCUUAUCCAGCCAAUUAUUGUAGAAGUACAAAUAAUAUAUGUGUUAAACCAUCUUUCAAUCAAUUGCAUUCAAUGCCAUCUACCUCAACUUUACUUAGCACCACAGAACAACCACAAUUGCACUCAAAAACUAGUGUACAAGAAAUGGAACUAUCAGAAGUUGAUGAAUUGCUACAAGAAAUGGAGGCUACUGAAUUAGAACUAUCAAAAAGAAUAAAUAGAGUUUCAAUGCACCAUUUGCUUAUGGAACAGAAUGGUGUGUUAUCUAUUCAGAAUAAUAGUAGUCUUAAAAGUCAAGACUAUAGCAAUACACACAAGUAUUCUAUUAAUAGAAAAUUAGAAUUUGAGCCAGAAGAUUCAAAUCAACGUCAUGAUAUUCUUCCAAUUAUAUCAAAAAAAAAAUCUAGUAUUUUGGCAGAUAUAUCAUUACCAUAUAAUGAUUCAUUCCAUAUGGAUGAGACUGAUAGAAUGAUCUCAGAAUUUAAAACCUGGGAGAAAAGUGUUCAAAAUCUAGUUUCAAAGACUGGAGAAAUAGAAAGUACAACUGCAUUAACAAAUUCAAACAGUAUUGAGAAAUCAGAUGUAAAAGCAAAUGAUACCCAAAAGAAGGAAACAAUUGCACAACCAACUUCUUUAAUCACAGAUGAUAUAAACAGUAUAAGUUUAAAUAGCUUGCACAAUACACAAACACAUCCUAUGCAUAAACAGUUAAAUACUUUAUUACAUAAUGGACUAAUACAAUGUAAUACUGCACCACCAACAAAAAAUAUAGAACAUAAUGCAUUGCAUAUAUUGGAACCACAUAAAAUUUCUCAACAGACUGGGAAUGUGCAAUGUGUAAAACAAGUACAUGAUGUGCCACUUGUUAAAAGUAUUGUUCAUGCAUCAACAAAUACAGACUCCUUCCCAAGAAAGUCCCAAAGACUUUUAUCAUUAUCAGAUUUCUGGGAAAAUAAUGGCAACAAAACACAAGAAGAAAUAUAUAGAAUUAAAUUAGAAGAAGAAAAAUUUCGAAGAGAGCAUUGUGAGCAUCUGAUUCAAGAGCUCCAAAAACGAUUGUUAGAGCAGCAAGAGAAGGUUGCAGUGGCACUUAGAGUAGAUAAUGAGAAAAAUGAAUUGAUAACACAAUUUCACAAUGCAUGGUCUAAAUUAAAACAACGAGUUCAAGUCUUAGAAAACGAAUACAGCAGUUUACAGACAAAUCUUAAAAAUGUAACAGAGAAACAUCAAUUAGAGAUUUCGGAAUUUCAGUUACAAAUCAAACGUUAUGAAGGUGAAUUAUCAAAAGCUUUAGAUCUUGCAGCUGGUUACAAAGAAAAAAGUGAUACAGUAAUGAAGGAAAAGAUAGAAUUAUUAAAAAAUCACGCUGAUGAAUUGGAAAAUUCCAAAUCAUUGGUUCAAGAAGUAGAAAAUAGAUAUGAAAAAUUAAAAAUAGAAUACAACAAACUAACAGAGAAAAAUCAACAGACUGAUGAAACAUUAAGAACACUUCAACAAGAAUUGGGUAAAGAACGAUUAAAGGGAGGGGAAGUUAGAAAUGAAAUGGAUGUUAUUCAUAAAGCAUUAGAUACGUGUGAAGCUGAAUUAAUUGUACUUAGGCAAGAAAAAGAAAAUUUACAACUAAAACUAAAGGAAGAAAAUACUAGAAAUGCAAUUUUAGAGCAGAAAAAUACUUCACUACUUUCAGUACUUGAUGAAGCUAGAAAGGCAGAGAAAUUAGCCAAGAAUGAAACAAAAUUUCUUGCAGAACAAAAAGAAAAAAUUAGAUUGGAAUUACAAGACAUUUACCAAAAACAAGUUGAUGAAGUAGUAAAAGUUAAAUUGCGAGAAUUUCAGACUCAACUUGAUGCUGCUGAAUCAGAAUUUCUUGAAGAAUUGAAAACUAGACAACAAGUUAUUGCAGAAUGUGCAGCCAGAAAAAUUAAGGAUAUUAUGGAUAAGCACCGACUAGAAAUAAAUUUAUUAGAAGAAAAACAUAAAGAGGAGAAGCGUUUGUGUGAGCUUCGGUUAGCAGAAGCUAUACAGAAAUCAUCCUUUUUAGAAACACAACUUACUUCUCAACGUGCCACGAAGUCUCAACUUGCGGAACAGCUUCAUUCGGUAAUGCAGAAACAAUGGCAGCAAGCCUUACAAAUUAUAUCAGGUGGGAAUAUGGAAAAUUUGACACCUCUUCAAAAAGUUCACGCAGAAAAAUUAUUUGAAUCAAAAGGUCCAAAGAAGUCCGAAUCAAUGCCGAAUUGCUGCAUGAAGUUUUCUCAAGAACCAAUGAAGUUAACAUUACAUUCAUCAAAUACAAAAAACUUUCAUGAUCAAAACGAAAGUCUGAGUAGUAUGAUACCAAUUGACGAAACUCCGCUAACAAGUAGAAAAGAAUCAAAAGAUGACCUUCGAAAAUAUGUUAAAAUGAUUGCUGAGAUGCAACAAGCAAGGGAGGAAUUUUCAAAAAUUAGAGAAAAUAUCCCGAGUCCACCUGUAUGUCGAGAAGUGCCAAGAAAACAUUACCUAAAAAGGGAACUAAGUGUUAGAGACGAAGACAGUAUUGUUUGGCAGUCUCCAUCAGAUACUAAUCAAGACACUAGUGAAUUUAUUCCAGUUCCACAAAAGAUAUCAUCUAUAAAAGGGGAUCUGCAAAAAAUGAAACCACCUUGGAAAUGACAUUA